UUACGAGAUGCACAAAGUACUGGCUUUGUAUACGGACCUACAUCUUCUCAAUCUCCUCUCUUGUCUCUCGUGAAUAUAACUUUGUAAGCCAUGGGAAGAUCACCUUGUUGUGAUAAAAAUGGACUGAAAAAAGGGCCGUGGACGACUGAAGAAGAUCAGAAACUGGUUGAUUACAUUAACAAGAAUGGCUAUGGCAACUGGAGAACACUUCCAAAGAAUGCUGGGCUCGAAAGGUGCGGCAAGAGCUGUCGGCUUCGUUGGACCAACUAUCUGAGGCCUGAUAUUAAAAGGGGUCGUUUCUCGUUAGAAGAAGAAGAAGCCAUAAUUCAGCUACACAGUGUUCUGGGAAACAAGUGGUCAACUAUUGCAGCUCGCUUGCCAGGAAGAACUGACAACGAAAUCAAGAACUACUGGAACACACACAUUCGAAAAAGGCUUCUACGAAUGGGAAUUGAUCCGGUCACUCACAAUCCUCGCCUCGAUCUUCUUGAUCUUUCCUCUAUGUUAACCCCGUCUCUUUACAAUUCACCUCAACUCAACAUUUCAAGGUUGUUGGAUGUCCAAAGCCUAGUGAACCCUGAGCUUCUAAGGCUAGCCACCUCUCUUUUCUCUUCGUCCCAUCACCGCGAAAAUCAAAACUUUCUUCUACAAAAUCUUCUAGAAAGAAACCUUAAUUCUACUCACAACCAUGUCACGAAUGAUCAAAUAUUUAUGCCACCAUUGACGCAACCAGCCGAAGUCCAAAAUUUUCAAAAUUGUGUUCCGUUUUCUAAUGAUGCGCAACUUACGGAUCCUCAGUUCAGUAGCCAACUACAAGAUUGGCAAUGCAAUGAAACGGCCAACAACAACUAUGUGGACUUGCAAAACUACGACUAUUACGGGUCCGAUCAAUCGUUCAACGUCGAUCAUUUAAAAUCAGAAAACUUGAAUUUCCUGUCUAAUAACAGCAACAACAUGAUCAGCCUGACGAAUUUAUCAACACCGGUCUCGAGUCCAAGAAAUAUUAACAGCACAAGUACAAUAGGUGAAGAUGAAAGGGAAGGUUAUAGUAUUAGCAGCAUGAUGAAGUUUCAAUUCCCAGAUAAUUUGGACGUCACUUGUUUCAUGUAAUUGUGCCUCGUUAAUUAUCAUCAUAAAUUUAAAUUUAGAAGUUUUUU